UUUUCUUGAGGCCGUUCGCCAACAAGCGUGCUCUCCGCACGCCGCGUCGUGAACGUCGUCGUCGUCGACACCGCCGCCGAGCGGCCAGAAUUGUCGCUGUCGCGGCACGAAUGGCAGCCAACAUCCGCCGCCGGCUUCCGAUCGACACGUGAGUCGCAGUGCCAAGGACUCUCCAGCGAGGAGUAAACACAGUGACCACGGCGGGACCGUGUUUUCUUCAGUCGAUAUCUCGAAGCGGCACUAGCACACACUUUCCCAGAAUGCUGCGUUUACUAGUAUUCUGCCUCGCAGUGGUCACCGCCAGCAGCCAAAGAUCGUCCACCACCACUGAGCGCUACGAGGACACCCUCUACAAGUUCCUUGACCUUCUAGAAGAUGACGACCCUUCACGUGUCCCCGGAGCACCCGUAUUCACAGGACCAAGAAGCACCUACAGACCGAGCAUACCUCGAGUGCCUCCUCCUGUUCCACCGAGACGCAUAUUCAGGCCAGUCAGGCCAAUUCCCAGCGUGUCCUCCCCGUCGUUACCGGGGGGCACGAUCAGGGAUGCCAACGCAUAUAUGGACACCAUCGUGCAGCAGAAGAUGCUGCGACUUCUCAAGGCCACUCCUAGGCUGUACCCUUCGGCAGUGAUUCCGUUCUUCAAGUUUAAGGUGUUGAAGACGGGCUUCACGAAUCGGGACUUGAAGGUGAACAUGACCGCGGGCGUAUUCCGCGGUUUCGACACCGGCAUCCGACGCUUGGGUGACUGCGACAAGCCAACUCACGUGGGCCGCAACACUAGCGUCAGCUGCACGCUCGACUUCAGUGGCAUCACGGCCAGCUUCGUCGCCGUGACAAAAGGAGACGACCUGGCGGGCACCAUCAAGGCCGUCCCGGUGAACGUGGUGGUGCGCAGCGGAACGGCGCGCGUCGAGGCGACGGCUGCGCCGGGCAAGGAGGCCAUACUGCGCACGUUCCUCAUCGACUACGUCAGUCUGGACGUCGCCCACGGCGCCAACCUGAGCCUCAACGAGGACCGCGACAGGGGCUUCAAGCACCACGUGCGCACGAAUGUGGCAAAGGAGCUGGACGCCCUCAUGCACGAAGAGUACGCGCCGCUCCUGGGGCGAGCCAUCGCCACCACGGAACUGCCGAAGGCCUGAAGCGUACACAAGAUUGCUCAGUCGAGAUGGCGCUGUACCGAUGACGUCAUUUUGUGCUCACGGAUUUCCCAGUGUUUUAAUUGGCUUACGUUGCGAAAACUUGUCUUCUGGUGGAGAAGUCCAGAAGUGUCGCCAGGAUGAAUUUUAGUUUAUUUUCGAACGCACUGCAUUUCUACUUUCUUCAAUACAUAUUAAUAAAUGAACCGGGGGCAAAAAAGACACCGCUGAAAGCUAUGACGUAGCAAGGAUUCGCUACAUGAAGUCAAAGGUGAUGUUCCGACAUAUCUUUUGUUAUAACGUCCUUUCUAUUUUAUCGAGGUCAUUGUAGGAUAGGCUCAUCCUCAGUUCUAUCUGUGGAAGCUUUACAAUUAACUUGGUUCAACAUUUCUCUUCAUUUUUAACUUGAAGCUCGCGCUUCUAGCUCUGACUGUGCAUACCAAUACAACUUGGUUUGAGAUUGCUAGGUUUAUGAGACACCCUGCAGUGGGGAUUUCGUACUUCGAACGAUGAUAUUUCUCAGAAAUGAGCUUCUGGAGGGACGUAAACGGAUGCUUCAGCAAAUUUCUGUGAACAUUGAACCAGUCCACAACACCCCAUUGUGUCUAAGGUGCGUCGCGCAAUCAUGUGAUAUAAGAAACUUUGGUCAUGCGAGUCAAGAGAGUGCAUGCUCACGCUGUGGUGGCAGCAAUGAUCAUUGAAGCUCUCCACUACACGAAGUGGUUGGAGCUUAGCGCUGUUCCACACAAGUGUAUCGUACUAGUCUUUUAUUAAUCUUAGAGCUGUCAGCGAGUCUACCUUUGCUUGUGCUGAAUUUAUAAUUGAAUAUACUUUACUGCACAAAUCAAAAGCCAUAUUUUUUCAUAAUUAAUCUCGCAAUGGGACUUCAGCUGAGCAGACGUCUCGGCGAUGGCACGCAAUAUUACCUGUGAAUGCUGACUAAAUGUUAAGCAGCGUGCUUGAUUUUGCAGAGCUCAGUGUUUACCAACCGGCGACCUGGAUUUGGCAUACCAGCGCUUUUUUUUUUUUUACCAACAAGUAAUGUAUCUCUUUUCGUGACAGGUUUUACUUCGUGCAAGGCGGGACAAUAUGCACAAGUCGCACAAGUUAAAAGUGUGCACUAUUAUUAAAGGGCAUUUAGGUAUCGGGAGCUACAUGAAACCGACCACAUGCAUGAGCUACCAAAUAAAGUUUUUUUGAUCGUUUC